AUGAAUUGUGUAGCCAACUUCUUCACCUAUGAGACCACCAAGUCAGUGGUGGUGAAGAGCUGGACCAUCGGUGUGAUCAACCGCGCCGUGCAGCUGCUCAUUGUCUCAUACUUCAUCGGCUGGGUGUUCCUACAUGAGAAGGCAUACCAGGUGCGGGACACAGCUAUCGAAUCCUCUGUGGUGACAAAGGUCAAGGGCUUUGGCAAAUACGCCAACCAGGUCAUGGACGUGGUGGAUUACGUCACACCUCCCCAGGGCACAUCUGUCUUUGUGAUUAUCACCAAGCAGAUCAUCACAGAGAACCAGAUGCAAGGUUUCUGCCCUGAGUCUGAAGCAAGGUACAGGUGUAGGUCAGACAGUGAAUGCCAGAAGCUCAUCUCUGCCACAGGAAGCGGGAUCCUGACCGGACGGUGCGUGAAAUACAACCAGACCCUGCACACCUGUGAGAUCCAAGGCUGGUGCCCAGCAGAGGUGGACACUGUAGAUGUGCCCAUCAUGCUGGAGGCAGAGAAUUUCACUCUCUUCAUUAAGAACAGCAUCCGCUUCCCACUCUUCAACUUUGAGAAGGGUAACCUGCUUCCUGACCUGACAGUCCAGGAUAUACGGCGCUGCCACUUCCACCCCAUCAGCCAGCCCUUCUGCCCCAUCCUGCGUCUGGGUGACAUUGUCAAGUUUGCUGGCCAGGAUUUCGCCAAUCUGGCCUCCACGGGAGGAGUUGUGGGUAUCAAGAUCGGGUGGGUGUGUGACCUGGAUCAGUCGUGGGAUCGUUGUGUGCCCAACUACUCCUUCACCCGGCUUGACAGUGUCUCCCAGAAGAACAGCAUCUCUCGUGGAUACAACUUCAGGUAUGCCAAAUACUACAGACAUGGGAACGGCACUGAGUACAGGACCUUGAUGAAGGCCUUUGGCAUCCGCUUUGACGUCCUGGUCUAUGGGAACGCUGGGAAAUUCAACAUCAUCCCAACCCUCAUCAACGCUGUAGCAGCAUUUACCUCUGUGGGGGUGGGCACUGUCCUAUGCGACAUCAUCCUCCUCAACUUCCUCAAGGGGGCUGAGCAGUACAAAGCCAAAAAGUUUGAAGAGGUGACAGAGGUGAACCUGCCUCCAGCCAUCUCCAACAGCCCUGUGUACAGGAGCAGCCAGACGUUGGGAGGCCGGAGCGAGGAGAAGCAGUCUACUGACUCAGGGGCAUAUUCCAUCGGCCUCUAGCCCCAGAGCCAGUCCAGGACUUCAUGCCCCUACUCAGUGCACAGGCCUCUCUACCUGGCUUCACAGUGCAGAAUGGUUUCUCUUUUAUACCCCCUUUCAUGGUCCUCCAGUCCCACAGCUGUCCAACACCACCACAGGUGGGUGGAAAGGCCAGUAACACCAUCCUUUUCCUCACUACCAAACAGUCUUUCUCUGCCAGGGAGAGCCUUGGACCUUCCUUCUACAAGCCUCCUCCUCUUCCUA